GCGGCGGUAGCCGGGCGGGGGGCGGCGAGCGGCGCUCGCGACACGCGCCGCGCCUGAUCCUAUGCGCUGACUCGCGCGGCGCAGGCGCCUCCUGCCCCGCCGGCGGGGCCCGGGCUUCCCGCGGCGGGAUGUUCUCCCGAAGGAGCCACGGGGAUGUGAAGAAGUCUACCCAGAAGGUGCUAGACCCCAAGAAGGACGUGCUGACCCGCCUGAGGCACCUGCGGGCGCUGCUGGAUAAUAUGGAUACAAAUGAUCUUAAGCAGUUUUUUGAGACCAACUAUUCUCAGAUAUAUUUCAUCUUCUAUGAAAAUUUUAUAACACUGGAAAAUAGUUUGAAAUUAAAAGGGAAUAAUAAGUCACAAAGGGAGGAGCUGGACUCCAUCCUCUUUCUUUUUGAAAAGAUACUGCAGUUUCUACCUGAACGAAUUUUCUUUCGAUGGCAUUAUCAGAGUAUAGGCUCAACUUUAAAGAAGCUUCUACACACUGGAAAUUCUGUUAAGGUAAGAUGUGAAGGAAUCAGACUGUUUCUUUUGUGGCUUCAAGCACUUCAGACAAACUGUGCAGAAGAGCAGGUGCUGAUUUUUGCUUGCCUCGUGCCCGGUUUCCCAGCGAUCAUGUCAUCCAGAGGGCCCUGUACGCUGGAGACACUCAUCAAUCCUAGCCCUAGUGUAGCUGAUGCAAAGAUAUAUCCAGAAGAAAUCACUCCACUCCUGCCAGCCAUAUCAGGGGAAAAGAUCGCUGAGGACCAAACAUGCUUUUUUCUUCAAAUACUGUUGAAAUAUAUGGUUAUUCAGGCUGCAAGCUUGGAGUGGAAGAAUAAGGAGAAUCAAGAUACUGGUUUUAAAUUUCUUUUUACAUUGUUUCGAAAGUAUUAUCUUCCUCAUUUAUUUCCAUCAUUUACUAAGUUAACAAACAUCUACAAACCUGUACUUGACAUCCCCCAUUUGAGACCAAAGCCAGUGUACGUUACUACAACUCAAGACAAUGAAAACAUUUACAGUACAAAAAUUCCAUACAUGGCAGCUCGUGUUGUCUUUAUUAAGUGGAUUGUAACUUUCUUUUUGGAAAAAAAGUAUCUAACUACAACACAAAACACUAAAAAUGGAGUUGAUGUAUUGCCUAAAAUCAUACAGACUGUCAGUGGUGGUGCGGUGCAAGAGAGGGCACCAGAGAUGGAUGGUGGCGGGCCCACAGAGCAGGACAAAAGCCAUUCUAACAGCAGCACCUUGUCCGACCGAAGACUCAGCAACUCAAGCCUUUGUAGCAUUGAAGAAGAGCACCGAACAGUGUAUGAAAUGGUGCAGCGGAUUCUCUUGUCAACUCGAGGUUAUAUCAAUUUCGUCAAUGAAAUAUUUCACCAGGCAUUUUUGUUGCCUUCCUGUGACAUAGCUGUAACAAGAAAAGUAAUUCAAGUAUACAGAAAGUGGAUCCUCCAAGAUAAACCUGUAUUCAUGGAGGAACCAGAUAAAAAAGAAGUUGCCCAAGAAGAUGCUGAAAAAUUAGAAUUUUCAGAGACUGACAGCAAGGAGACCUCGUCUGAAAGUUCCGGUCAUAAGCGAUCUUCCAGUUGGGGACGAACAUACUCCUUCACGAGUGCGGUGAACAGAGGGUGUGUGACAGAAGAGGAAAAUAAGAAUGUGAAAGCCGGGGCCCAGGCCAUGCUGCAGGUGUUUUUGACAAAUGCUGCUAAUGUCUUUUUGUUGGAACCAUGUGCUGAAGUUCCCAUGCUCUUGAAAGAACAAGUUGAUACUUGUAAAGCUGUGUUGAUUAUUUUUAGGCGCAUGAUAAUGGAGCUUACAAUGAAUAAAAAGACAUGGGAACAGAUGUUGCAAAUACUACUCAGGAUAACAGAAGCUGUCAUGCAGAAGCCAAAGGAUAAACAAAUAAAGGACUUAUUUGCCCAGAGCUUGGCAGGGUUACUGUUUAGGACGCUCAUUGUGGCUUGGAUCCGAGCAAACCUCUUUGUGUACAUUUCUCGAGAGCUCUGGGAUGACUUUCUUGGUGUGCUGUCCUCCCUCACUGAAUGGGAGGAGCUCAUCAAUGAGUGGGCCAACAUCAUGGACUCCUUGACAGCAGUGCUCGCGAGAACCGUUUAUGGAGUUGAGAUGACAAACCUACCUCUGGACAAAUUAAGUGAACAAAAGGAAAAGAAGCAACGAGGCAAAGGCUGUGUUCUAGAUUCUCAGAAAGGAACCGCUGUGGGGAGAUCCUUUUCUCUCAGCUGGCGGAGCCACCCGGAUGUGACAGAGCCAAUGCGAUUUAGGAGUGCCACCACAUCAGGGGCACCAGGAGUUGAGAAAGCAAGAAAUAUUGUUCGCCAAAAAGCAACUGAAGUGGAAGAGUGUCAGCAGUUACGAAACCCACCUCCAGUUGAGUCUGGCCUCCUGGCGGCUGAGCCGCCGCAGCAGCUUGUCCGGAGCAGCAGCACACCUGAUGUCACUGAGCCCCUCUGCGCAGACUCUUCUCAGGCUCUAGGUCAAAAGGUAGAACAUGCACAGAAUCUAAGCUCUUCAGAGCCUAAGCCUGUUCAAGAGAGGAAAGGACAUGUGAAGAAAGAACAUGAGGGGAUCUUAGUUCGAAGAAGCAGCAGCCCUGCUGAAUUGGAUUUAAAAGAUGAUUUGCAGCAGACGCAAGGAAAAUGUAGGGAAAGACAGAAGAGUGAAAGUGUCAGCAGUGACACAGCUCUGGGCUAUAAUGGUGAGGCAGAGCUGUCCAUGAGCGCAUGGCAGACCUAUGAGGACGACACGGAACUGAGCACUCCCACAGAUGUUGUAGCUGACUCUGAUGCCCGCCAUUGGUUACAACUGAGUCCCACUGAUGCUUCAAACUUAACAGAUAGCAGCGAAUGCCUUGCAGAUGACUGUAGCAUCAUCGCUGGAGGGAACCUCACUGGUUGGCAUCCAGACUCUGCUGCUGUGUUAUGGCGAAGAGUCUUGGGAAUUCUUGGAGAUGUGAAUAAUAUCCAGUCACCCAAGAUCCAUGCCAAAGUUUUUGGCUAUCUCUAUGAACUCUGGUACAAACUGGCAAAGAUACGGGAUAAUCUAGCAAUAAGCCUAGAUAACCAAUCUUCUCCAUCUCCUCCGGUCUUGAUCCCACCACUCAGAAUGUUUGCGUCAUGGCUUUUUAAGGCGACAACAUUGCCAAAUGAAUAUAAAGAAGGCAAACUACAAGCCUACAAACUGAUCUGUGCCAUGAUGACCAGACGCCAGGACAUUCUGCCAAACUCAGACUUCCUGGUGCAUUUUUACCUUGUGAUGCACCUGGGAUUAACCAGCGAGGAUCAGGAUAUCUUAAAUACCAUUAUAAGGCACUGUCCACCCCGCUUUUUCUCCCUGGGUUUGCCUGGCUUCUCAAUGCUGGUGGGGGACUUCAUCACUGCCGCUGCCAGGGUCCUCAGUACAGACAUGCUGGUGGCACCUCGUACAGAAGCUCUCACCAUUCUCGGUUCUCUUGUCUGCUUUCCAAAUACCUACCGAGAGAUCCCUUUACUGCAGUCAGUGCCAGAUGUUAAUGAAGUCAUUACAGGAGCCAAAGAUGUCAAGCAUUACCUCAUAAAUAUUUUACUGAAGAAUGCCACAGAGGAACCAAAUGAAUGUGCAAGAUGCAUUGCCAUUUGCUCCCUCGGAGUCUGGAUAUGUGAAGAACUUGCACAGUGUACAAGCCAUCCUCAGCUGAAAGCCGCCGUCAAUGUGAUAGGUGUCACUUUGAAGUUUCCUAACAAAAUCGUGGCUCAGGUAGCCUGUGAUGUUCUUCAGUUGCUGGUUUCCUACUGGGAAAAGCUUCAGAUGUUUGAAACCUCUCUGCCUCGGAAAAUUGCAGAAAUCCUUGUGGCCACAAUUGCUUUUCUUUUACCAAGUGCAGAGUACUCCUCAGUGGAAACAGAUAAGAAGUUUAUUGUGUCCUUGCUGCUCUGCCUCUUGGACUGGUGCAUGGCAUUGCCUGUGAACUCCCUUCUCCACCCAGUGUCCACAGCGGCCCUGGAGGAGCAGCACUUGGCCAGAGCCCCUUUGCUGGAUUAUAUCUACAGGGUUCUGCACUGCUGUGUUUGUGGCUCGAGCACAUAUACCCAACAGAGUCACUACACAUUGACCCUGGCUGACCUGUCAUCCACGGAUUACGACCCCUUCCUGCCACUGGCAAACGUGAAGAAUUCUGAGCCAGUCCAAUAUCAUUCAUCAGCAGAAUUGGGAAACCUGCUUACUGUUGAAGAGGAAAGGAAGAGAAGAAGUUUGGAGCUGAUCCCUCUGACUGCCAGAAUGGUGAUGGCCCACCUGGUGAACCACCUGGGACACUUUCCCCUCCACGGGGGCCCCGCUGUGCUGCACAGCCUGGUCAGCGAGAACCAUGACAAUGCGCAUGCGGAAGCCUCUGAGCUCUCCUCCGAGGUGUUCAGGAGCCCAAACCUGCAGCUGUUUGUGUUUAAUGACAGUACCCUCAUCUCCUACCUUCAAACACCCUCGGAAGGACCGACAGGCACAUCACCAGUGGGCACCCUCUCCGACGUGAGAGUAAUUGUGAGGGAUAUCUCAGGGAAGUACUCUUGGGAUGGGAAGGUUUUAUAUGGACCUUUGGAAGCCUACUUAGCACCCAAUGGCAGAAGUCCUGCAUUUCUGAUUUCAGGUUGGCAGCAUCAAGCAGUUGGACCUCAGAAAGAUUUUUCUCAAACUGAGGAGGGAGAUGAUGUCCUCGACAAAUUAGUUGAAAAUAUUGGCCAUACAAGUCCUGAAUGCCUUUUACCAUCGCAGCUAAAUCUAAAUGAGCCUUCCCCACCCCCAUGUGGAAUGAACCGUGACCAAGAGAAGGAAAUCAUCGAGGUCAUUUUGCGCCAGAAUGCACAAGAAGACGAGUAUGUUCGGAGGUGUAACUCUGAUUCGGCCAUGAAAGUCACCAGCCAGGAGCAGCCAUCACCAGUGGAGCCCCGAGGCCCCUUUUAUUUCUGCAGGCUGUUGCUCGAUGACUUGGGAAUGAAUUCUUGGGACAGAAGGAAGAAUUUCCAUCUAUUGAAGAAAAAUUCAAAAUUAUUGAGAGAGCUAAAAAAUCUGGACUCCCGUCAGUGCCGUGAAACGCACAAAAUCGCAGUGUUUUAUAUUGCUGAAGGUCAAGAAGACAAGUGUUCAAUCCUCUCCAAUGAAAGAGGAAGCCAAGCAUAUGAAGACUUUGUUGCCGGACUUGGAUGGGAGGUGGAUCUCUCAACCCACUGCGGGUUCAUGGGUGGACUGCAGCGCAAUGGCAGCACUGGGCAGACCGCCCCUUAUUAUGCUACCUCAACCGUGGAAGUGAUUUUUCACGUUUCAACUCGGAUGCCAUCAGAUUCAGAUGAUUCGCUCACCAAAAAGCUCCGUCACUUGGGGAAUGACGAGGUCCACAUCGUCUGGUCUGAACACUCCAGGGACUACCGCAGGGGUAUUAUCCCAACCGCCUUUGGAGAUGUUUCAAUCAUUAUUUACCCAAUGAAGAAUCACAUGUUCUAUAUUGCUAUAACGAAGAAACCCGAGGUUCCGUUUUUUGGGCCUCUAUUUGAUGGCGCCAUAGUGAGUGGGAAGCUGCUGCCAAGCCUUAUAUGUGCCACGUGCAUCAACGCCAGCAGGGCGGUGAAGUGCCUCAUCCCACUCUACCAGAGCUUCUACGAAGAGCGAGCUCUGUAUCUUGAAGCAAUAAUUCAGAACCACCGUGAAGUAAUGACAUUUGAGGAUUUUGCAGCCCAAGUCUUCUCUCCCUCUCCCAGCUCCUCCCUCAGUGGAACGGGGCCCUAGUCGCCAGCCUGAAUGCCCACCUCAAGGCACCC